UGACUCCUCACUAUCACUGGCAGACUGCUUAGCAUGCGUACACAAAUUCGAUGCGACAGCGGCAGAUCUUGAUAAGCCCGUUGGCCAGAGCUCCUCGGGUCGCAGGCGUUCAUCAGUCAGUGCUGAGAUCUGUGCUGGAUCACUCGUCAUGAGUCGCGAGGAGGGCAAGUGGGACAAAGUGCUGCAGGAGUUGGGUGACUUUGGGGUGUUUCAACUCAAGAACUACAUCCUCAUCUCACUGGUGGUGCUGCUGCCGCCAGUCUAUGGCUUCAGCUAUGUCUUCUCAGCCGCGGACAUCAACUAUCGCUGUCGCAUUGAGGAGUGUGAACCACCAGGAUCGGGUUUCAUCACCAACAGGACUCUUUUGGAGUUCUCCAUUCCACAAAUUGAUGGCACCUUCUCGAGAUGCAAUCGCUUUGGUGUGGUUAACAGCUCUCAGGUCAGCUGUGAUGCCACAAACUUCGAUCGUGACUUGUCCAUUCCCUGUACCGACUUCAUCUUCGACAGCAGAAAGAAGACGAUCGUGAGUGAGUGGAACUUGACCUGCACUGAGAACGAGUGGAAGCUGGCUUUUGUCGGCACCAUGGCGAACAUUGGACAGUUCAUCGCACUGCCCAUCACGGGCUUCUUCUCCGAUCGCUUCGGUCGCAAGGCAGCCUUCAUCCUCUCCACACUGUGCUGUGGCCUCUGUGGCAUCAUCAAGUCCUUCUCCAGCAGCUACUCGAUGCUGGUGCUGUUCGAGUUCCUGGAGAUGGCCCUCGGAUCGGGCAUCUACGCGUGUGGCUAUGUGCUGGGCAUGGAAUUGGUGGGGCCCAGCAAGAGGGCCUUCGGCACGCUCUUCAUCAACAGCUUCUACACAUCCGGAGGGGCAAUCCUGGGCCUCGUUGCACUCUGGCAGGACUAUUGGCGCGAUAUGCUGAGAUGGCUGUACUUCCCAUGCCUUCUUGUGGUGGCUUAUUUCUGGCUCAUUCCUGAGAGUGUCCGGUGGCUCCUGACGAUGGGUCGUCAGGAUGAGGCGAGCAAGAUCAUUCGCAAGGCCGCCAAGAGGAACAAUGUGCUGCUCUCCGAAGAAACCAUCGCCAUUCUGCACGGCAAUGUGCCGGGAAAGGUCAAUCCGGUGGCGAAGAAGAAGAAAAAGUCCUAUCCCAUCGCCAGCAUCUUCAGCUCAUCAGCACUGCUCAUCCGCUUGGCGAUCUGCUCCUUCUGCUGGAUCACCAACACCUUCGUCUACUACGGACUCGUGAUCAAUUCCGCGUCCUUUGGCGAUGACAUCCACACGAGCUUCAUUCUGGGAUGCCUCAUCGAGAUACCAUCCUUCAUCGUCAGCUACCUCGUCCUGGACAGGAUAGGACGAAGAUGGACGCUGUGCAGUUCCUUCCUUGUCAGUGGAAUUGCAUGUUUAUCUGUCAUCUUCAUAGGCGCUGAUCAUACUACCUUAAGACUCGUCAUGUUCCUCAUUGGACGCUUCGGGAUCACAAUCUCCUUCACCAGCAUCUACCUCUACACGACAGAGAUCUUCCCCACAGAGCUGAGAAGCAGUCUACUCUCCUUCUGCUCAACAGUUGGACGAAUUGGAGCGGCAGUCGCUCCUCAAACUCCACUUCUAGCCAAAUUCUCAAAAUCCCUGCCCAUGGUGUUGUUCUGUGGAACAGCCCUCACUGCUGGCGCCCUAAUCCUCCAGGCGCCCGAGACGCUGAACGCCAAGCUUCCAGACACAAUCCAGCAAGCGGAGAAGAUGAACAACACCUCAGCCAACAUACAGUGACAGCCCGGACAGCCCGCCUUGUAUAAAAUUAUAUAAUUUUCUUUAUUGUGAUCUGUAUAGCAAGAUAAAUUCUCGUGUGUGAUCUAUC